ACCAUGUCGUCUCAUAAGACUUCCAGGAUCAAGAGAUUCCUGGCCAAGAAACAGAAGCAGAACCGGCCCAUCCCCCAAUGGAUUCAAAUGAAAACUGGUAGUAAGAUCAGGUACAACUCCAAGAGAAUGUAG